CGUAAGCAGUGCCACAUCAGCAGUGCCAAGUAAGCAGUGCCACAUCAGCAGUGCCACCUCAGACACAGUGCCACGUCAGCAGUGCCACGUCAGCAACAUGAUGGGCCUGCCAGGGCAACUGCCCAACGAGUCCCUUGCAGCCUACAAGCAGCGGUUCCAGGCUCAGAUCGAGGCUGAGGAACAACGCCAGCUGGCAGCCGAGGCUGCCCGCGUACAGGCUGAAGAGGCAGCAGCAGAUGAACAACUGCAGCUACAGGCCGAUGCAGACGCAGAUGCCCAGGCUCGCCGCAAGGAAGCCCAGGAUCUGCUGCAGCGGCAUGAAGCCAACAGCAUCGACAGACUCAAGUUCUGGCACUUCGAACCGAACGGCGACGAGGCAACACCGGAAGAGAAGCACAAGGAGUUCCUCUCCAAACUCGUGACGUGGUUGUUGUAUGCUUGCAACUACCAACGGUCAAAGUUGGAGAGACAGUACCAGGACCUGACGCAACAGCAUCAGGAGUUGGCACAACUCCGCCACAUAGUGCAGAGCCACGAGGAUGCAACUCGGGCACUCAAUGCCCGAUUGCUGGACCUGGAACAUGCUGUACCAGGACCAGCUGCUGGGGCUUCCAGCAGUGCACCCUCUAGCCGCCAACUGGAGGACCGUGUUGACCACGUAGUGGCAAUGCUCGGCGACAUCAGCACCUUCGCUGCGCCGACCACCACCAUCAGCAGUCAGCUGCAUACAUUGAAGACCGAGGUCCAGCAGCUGCAGACGACGAACGBGGAUGGCAAUCYGAMGAUGUAUMAGAUGCCAACYUUCAAUCUSGAGAGGUUCGRYGACUACAYGCAGCAGGAUCCGGUCCUCUGGUGGGAAGCAUUCACAACGCAACUCAGGAUUUUGCCGGUAGCCAAGCAUGCGUACAUCGGCACCCUGUUCCUAAACUCAAAGGGCGGAUGCCAGACCUGGUUGAGCCACCUGGCAACCUCCCACGRCRUCGACGUACCARACUUGAAGGACMAAAUCACAUGGGAGGAACUGACACGGUUGUGGAAGAAGCGGUUCAUCGUCGACGACGCGCCGACACUCGCCAUCAACCGUUUGUUCACCAUGUCACAGGGCAACACUGCAACACGGGAUUGGCUCACAGAAUCCUGCGCUGCAUUGAGCCAGGCUCUUGGUGAUCGCGAGCAGUACUCCACGUUCGCCGAGAUUAUCGACAAGGCGAGAGAGAUCAUCAAGACCAACAGGUCAGCUGCACACGAGAAGUCACCAUGGCAGCCGACCUAUGUGGAGAAGGUACGAACUGGUCCACAACAGCAGCACUUCGCUGCAGUCCAGCAGAACAGUGGAGAUAACCCAGCAGCCACUCCAACAUCAAGUGACGGAGAUCAGGUGGUUGCUGUCCAGCCGCGAAGCAACAACAAGUCCUGCAACAAUGGGAAGGCGAAAUCCGCAUCGCAGGCCGGAAAUGGACAGCCAGGACAAUUUCCAUGGGUCAAGUUUGGCUUGACCGAGGCGGAGUACAAGACGAUCAGGAACAUCGGCCCUCUCCCACGCAUCGACGACCUUCUCGAGCGAUUGCGCGGCGCCCAGUUCUUCUUUAAGCUGGAUCUCAAGUCAGGGUACCACCAACUCGAGAUUUGCAAGGAGGAUCGCUACAAGACCGCGUUCAAGACACGGUAUGGGCAUUUCGAAUGGCUGGUCAUGCCAUUUGGCCUUACGAAUGCCCCAACCACUUUCCAAGCGGCUAUGACGACGGAGUUCCGACACGUGCUGGAUCGUUUCGUACUUAUCUACCUCGACGACAUUCUGGUUUACAGCUGGAGUCUGGACGAGCAUGUGGAACACCUGSGCACCGUUUUGGAGCGGCUACGACAGGCCAAGUACAAAGCAAACCGCGACAAGUGCGAGUUCGCACAGCAGGAGCUGGAGUACUUGGGACACUAUGUGACGCCGCAAGGCAUCCGUCCGCUUGCGGACAAGAUCGAGGCCCUACGAGUAUGGCCCGAGCCAACCAACACCACGGACGUUCGUUCAUUCAUGGGGUUGGCGGGCUACUAUCAGCGAUUCAUCAUCGGAUACUCCAGGAUUGCUGCACCUAUGACGAGGCUACAGUCGCCAAAUGUGCCAUUCGUAUUCGAUGACGACGCAYGCCGGUCAUUCCAAGCACUUAAGACGGCUAUGCUCAUGGCACCCGUCCUUAGCAUCUAUGACCCCACCCUGCCGACGCGAGUGACUACGGACGCUUCCAGCUAUGGCAUUAGGGCAGUCUUGGAACAAAACGACGGCGACGACUGGCACCCUGUGGAGUAUUUCAGCCACAAAGUGUCUCCCAUCAACUCGCUUGAUGAUGCAAGGAAGAAGGAGUUGCUCGCAUCCGUGAUGGCUCUCAAGCGCUGGCGGCACUUCCUCCUUGGGCGUCGUAGGUUCACAUGGGUCACCGACAACAAUCCAUUGACCUACUACAAGACGCAGGACACGGAGUUCGGCACAACAAUGAAACUAAGUUCGGCUCGACAUCCUCAGACAGACGGGCAGACGGAGCGGGCACAUCAAACCGCUCAAAUGAUGCUUCGUACGCUCAUGCGUCCAAACCAAAAAGAUUGGGUUGACCGCCUCCCCGACAUCGAGUUCGCCUACAACACUUCGGUGCAUCCGGCGAUCGGCGUGACUCCAUUCGAGUUGCACCACGGUGGACGGAAAGGCCGGAUCUUCGCAGACCUUUUCCUCCCUCGACCAGCCGACAUUGACGCUGCCUGCUCUCCCGCUUUCGUCCGGAAGUACAGGGAAUUGCUGACUCAAGCCCGCACAAAUAUGCAAAAGGCUCGGGUUCGCAUGCAGCAGCAAGCCAACAGGCGUCGCGUACCAUGUCCCAUCCUCGCCGGUGAUCUGGUUUGGGUCUCCGUGGAAGAAUUUGCACUGGAACAGGGAGUUUCACGCAAACUGCUUCCUAAGUGGUUUGGACCUUGGUCUGUGACAGCAGCCGCGGGCGAUGAGCCCGAUGGCCCUUCAUUUAUGAUCAACAUUCCAGAGCAUCUGACGGUCCAUCCGGUCUUCCACGCCUCGAAGCUGGCAACAUACACGCCAGCCAAGAGCGACGACUUUCCGGACAGACGAUCGCAGGACCCUCCUUCUAUGGAUGGCCAUCAGGAAGUUGACUGCGUCAUCUCUGAUCGCAAGUACGGCAGCAAGCCGCGGCAGUACAAAGUCACAUUCGAAGCAUGCGAUCGCGACGACACUCGGUGGAUUUCAGGCGCAGAUUUGAAAGCAUCCGCACCGCUGAUCUACGCGCAUUAUGAAAAGCGGAGGUUGGCGCAGGAAUCUUCACGACCAGCCCCUCCCACCCAGAUUGUGGUCCCUCCCUCAGACAGACAGCUUCGCCCUCAUAAUGUUUGCCUAAUUGAUGAACGGGUCAUCGUCGAUGAGGGAACAGUUGACGAUGCAAGAUUAACACGUUCGAGAUCACGUAGGAUCCCGCACGUGUUUCAGGCCCUACAACCGGGAGACGAAGGACGGCUUCGUGUUGAACGCAGAGCCCGUGCACUAGCAGCAGCUAGGGAAACAGUGAACGCCGCAGCUAGGGAACAGGCUGCAGCAGCAGCAAGGGCAGUUACUGUAGUCAUGUCUUCUGCAGCAGCAUCCUCUGUUGCGUCAUCGUCUGGGACCAAUGAGACUCAGUAUGGAAUGCCCACUGGGUCCACGGGUACUUCCAGUUCAGUAGGUUCUCGGCAAUCUACAAGUCAAAUGGUGGGCUUGCAGUUCAGCCCGUUGACCCCACGGGAAAGGGAGCUUCGAGAGUUCCAACAGGUCGAAAGGAUCCGUGAACAAUUAGAGAGGGAACUGAAGCAAGCAACCGAUAGAGAAAGAGAGAUCAAAAAUAGAACAGCCAGGCUUGAAACGUUAGAGGCAGACAAAGCUGAGUUAGAGGGUUUGGAUGAGUCAAGACUGUCUGACCAAAUGAAAAUAUUGAAGAACAAUAUGAUGUUGCUGCAUGCGCACGUGGACAGCCGAUUGGACUUUAUGCAGAACACCCUAGACCAGAUCCUGGACAUUUUGCAAAGGCUAGGAUUUAGGCCACCAGCACAGUCGCCGUUGCCGUUAACAGCGAUGUCUGGCCCCUUUCCUGUACAAGCUGACACACAACCAAGUGGCGCGUCUGCAGCAGUCUCACAGACUGUUGCUUCUUCUUCUUCGGGUCCAGCGGUGGGAGCUACACCACCGCAACAAUCUGUUCCUCCACAGGGACAGCCGCAAGGUCUUUCGUACCCUAAGACCCCUAUGAAACCGCCUCUUGCCUUUUCGGGCGAGAAGAAGGACGAAGAGCUCAACACUUGGUUGAGAACAGUUCCGGUUUGGGUGAAGGCAAAGAGGACUUUGCAGGAGGAGGAGGUGAUUACUGCUGCAUCUUACCUCGAGGGUAAGGCAGCCAAAUGGUUGGAUGGUGUAGUGACAAAGGCUCGGUACGGACGACGCAUGGCGGACUGGGCUAGGACAAUUACGUUAGACCAGUUCAUGGAAAUGGUAGAAGCUCGAUGGCACAAUCCUCAGCAGACACAAAUGGCCACUGAUGCGAUAAACAGACUAGACCAACGAAAGUUCAAGUCAGUCAGGGAGCUUACGACUACCACAGAGAGCCUCAUCGUCGUUCAUGAUAAGUUUGUCGUGGUUUACCUUGACGAUAUUCUGAUCUUUAAUAAGUCUGCCGAAGAGCAUCCACAGCACGUUGAGACUGUACUUUCACUCCUGCGACAGCACAAGUAUAAGGUCAACCUAGAGAAGUGUGAGUUUGGUCGCACUAAGAUAUUAUAUUUGGGUCAUGAAGUAUCCGCGGAAGGGAUUAGGCCGGAAGAUGCGAAGGUGGCUAGUAUUCGAGACUGGCCACGAUCUCAGACUGUCACUGCGGUCAGAUCUUUCUUAGGAAUGUGCAACUACUAUAGGAACUUCGUAAAGAACUAUUCUACAAUCGCUUCUCCUUUGACGGAUCUAACUCAACUUGACACGCCGUGGGACUGGAGUGAGGAGUGCGAGGGUGCUUUUAAGCGAUUGAAGCAUGCACUCAUGAAUCAUAAAGUUCUGAUGGUUGUCGAUCCUCAAAAGCCAUUCAUAGUGACCACUGACGCAAGCCAAUAUGGCAUUGGCGCAGGGCUAGCUCAACAGGAUGGGAAGAAGUUGAGACCGAUUGAAUACAUGAGUAAGAAGAUGCCAUCUAAGAAAAUGGCAAAGUCCACCUAUGAAAAGGAACUCUAUGCUCUCUACAAGGCACUUGUCCAUUGGAGACAUUUUCUGUUGGGACGGUUCUUCUAUUUGAGGACUGACCAUCAGACACUCAAAUGGAUCAAGACUCAACCGACUCUUUCUGAUGCACUCAAGCGAUAGAUUGAGGUCAUAGAUCAAUAUGACUUCAAUCUUGAGUAUCUGAAGGGAGAGUACAACAAGGUUGCAUAUGCGCUAUCACGUAG